AUGGACCAAGCCAACAGAGGAGUCCACUGCAAGCGGUGUAAUAUUAGCUUCUCCUUGGAUAAAUAUUACCGCUCGCAUGUUGGAUACUCUAUCAAGCACAAUGUCUGUCAUCUGUGUGUGGACCAUCAGGACUUUGAGACCUUUACCAGCCUACAGCGCCAUCUGGAAGAAGCCCAUCUUUAUUGUGAGCCCUGCCACUGGUUCGCCCCUUCAGCCAUUGGGCUACGCCAGCAUAAUACCUGUAAACACUACCUAUGUGUUGCAUGUGGUGACUACUUUCCAAACGCCCAUGAGUUGAAUGGGCAUGCAUUCAAACAUAGGCCCCGCGGAGUUUCUUGCUACUGUUGUUCCCAGGACUUUUCGACCCUCUCUGCGAUGUUUAAUCACCUGGAAUCUGGAAACUGCCCUUCUGGAGUAGGACAUGAUGAUAUCCUACAGCUUGCAGCGAACUUUGUUCAGUCGUUACCCAAUGGAAAAGGGUAUAUAUUCUUCUGCCCUGGAUGCCAGAAACCUUUUCGACGGAUGUGUGAUCUUCUGCAGCACUCGGAGACCAGUUCUUGCAACGAAGGCUACUGGAAGAAAUCAGGCUAUAUCGGGUCUCUAGUCACGUAUAUCGCGACCUGCAUCUCGGAACUUAUCCCCAGGCCAGAGGAAUAUGGCGAUAAUGACAAAGCUGUGCCAGACGAAGAUACCGAAGAAACUCCCCGCCCAGUGUUCAACAUCCCAAAAAUCGUGAUCACCGAGCCAACAUGA